GCGCUCGCCCCUCCCCCUCCGCCAAGUGCCGUUUCGGUUUAAUCUAGUGUGUGACUGAGUCUGUGUGAGGGAGCGAGAUGUGUAUGUGAGGUGUCGGGGGCGAGGCGGAGGCUAGGGAAGGGGUUCCCUCAGGGGCGCGGGACAAAGGGGAAGGUGAGGCAACCCAGGCCGCGGAGCCCGGGCGACAGGAAGCCGCCCCGAGCCGGGUACCGGAUAGGGCAAGGGCCCGCGCAGUCCUCGUAGGGCGCCAGAGCCGGCGUCGGCCCCUGGGGCUCGGGCGGUCGGCGUCCUACUUCACUUGAGCUCCCGGCUCGCGGGCCUGAAGACUGGCUGCGCGGGUGGGCGGCGGUGAGGAGCGCACUCGAGUGGCCCCGGGUGUCCGGCGACUCCUCCGCCGAGGAACUCUCAUUUCUCCCCCCGCUCCUUCCUCCCCCCCCCCCAUGUAGGAGGGCGCUGAGCCGGCGAGAGGGAGGAGGAGCCUGGCCUAAGGUCCCUUCCCUCCCCACCCCCUCGUAGGGGUUCUUCGGUGGGCGUGGAGUCGGGGUCGGGGGGGAGGGUGGGGCUUUCUGGAGUGCUGGGGAACUUGUUCCCCUUCUCCGGGCUCGGGGGAAGGGCAUGCCCAAUUCGGAGAGACAUGGGGGCAAGAAGGACGGGAGCGGAGGAGCUUCGGGAACUUCGCAGCCGUCCUCGGGAGGUGGCAGCGCCAACAGCCGGGAGCGUCACCGCUUGGUGUCGAAGCACAAGCGCCAUAAGUCCAAGCACUGCAAAGACCCGGGGCUGGUAGCCCCCGAAGCAGCGUCUUUGGGAACAGUCAUCAAACCUUUGGUGGAGUACGAUGACAUCAGCUCUGAUUCAGACACCUUCUCGGAUGACAUGGCCUUCAAAGCAGACCGCAGGGAGAACGAUGAGCGCCGCGGGACGGAUCGGAGUGACCGCCUGCACAGGCAUCGUCACCACCAGCACCGGCGGUCCCGAGACUUGCUAAAAGCUAAACAGACUGAAAAGGAGAAAAACCAGGAAGUCUCCAAAUCCGGAUCUCUGAAGGACCGGAUAUCAGGAAGUUCAAAGCGUUCAAUGGAGGGGAAUGAUGACUAUGGGAAGGCACAGGUAUCCAAAAGCAGCAGCAAGGAGUCCAGGUCAUCCAAACUCCACAAGGAGAAGACCCGGAAAGAACGUGAGUUCAAGUCCGGGCACAAGGACCGGAGUAAGAGUCAUCGGAAAAGGGAAACACCCAAAAGUUACAAAACAGUGGAUAGCCCAAAACGGAGAUCCAGGAGCCCGCAUAGGAAAUGGUCUGACAGUUCCAAGCAAGAUGACAGCCCUUCAGGAGCUUCUUAUGGCCAAGACUAUGACCUUAGCCCCCCAAGGUCUCACACUUCUAGCAAUUAUGACUCCUACAAGAAGAGUCCAGGGAGUACCUCGAGAAGGCAGUCCAUCAGCCCACCUUACAAAGAGCCUUCUGCUUACCAGUCCAGCACUCGGUCACCCAGUCCCUACAGUAGACGGCAGAGGUCGGUGAGUCCCUAUAGCCGGAGACGGUCAUCUAGCUAUGAGAGGAGUGGCUCUUACAGCGGGAGAUCACCCAGCCCCUAUGGUCGAAGGCGAUCUAGCAGCCCUUUCUUGAGCAAGAGGUCUCUGAGUCGGAGUCCAAUCCCCAGUAGGAAAUCCAUGAAGUCCAGAAGCAGAAGUCCUGCAUAUUCAAGACACUCAUCUUCUCAUAGUAAAAAGAAGAGAUCCGGGUCACGCAGCCGUCAUUCCAGUAUCUCACCUGUCAGGCUUCCAUUGAAUUCCAGCCUGGGAGCUGAACUGAGUAGAAAAAAGAAGGAAAGAGCAGCUGCUGCUGCAGCAGCAAAAAUGGAUGGAAAAGAUUCAAAGGGUUCACCCAUAACUUUGACUAAAAAAGAUAAAGUUGAGGUGAAGGAGUCAGGGUUAGAGUCCAAAAAGUUACCUAGAGGUAUAAAGUUAGAAAAGUCUACUCCAGAUACUGAACUGGUAAAUGUAACACAUUCAAACACAGAGUUAAAAAAUUGUUUAGAUACAGGGAAAGUUAAGUUGGAUGAGAACUUGCAGAAGCAUCCUGUUGUUAAGGAUUUGAAAGCACAGGGAACAAAAGACGCUAAACCUGUAGCACCGAAGGAGGUGAUUGUUACUUCAAAGGAGACAGAGACGUCAGAAAAGGAGACACUUCCACCUCUCCCCACAAUUACUUCUCCACCCCCUUUACCAUCUACUACCCCUCCACCUCAGACACCCCCUUUGCCACCUUUGCCUCCACUACCAGCUGUUCCACUGCAGCCACCUCUGCCUCCUCCCCAACCACCAUUUAGUCAAGUUCCUGUUUCUAGUUCUUCAACUUUACCCUCUUCUCCUCACCCAAGGACAUCUACUCUAUCCUCUCAGACAAAUUCUCAGCCCCCUGUACAGGUUUCUGUGAAGACUCAAGUAUCUGUAACAGCUGCUAUUCCACACCUGAAAACUUCAACAUUGCCUCCUCUGCCCCUCCCUCCCUUGUUACCUGGAGAUGAUGAUUUGGAUAGUCCAAAAGAAAUACUCCCGUCAAAGCCUGCAAAGAAAGAGAAGGAGCAGAGGACUCGCCACUUACUCACAGACUUGCCUCUUCCUCCUGAGCUACCAGGUGGAGAUCCCUCUCCCCCGGAUUCUCCAGAGCCAAAGGCGAUUACACCUCCUCAACAACCAUAUAAAAAGAGACCAAAAAUUUGUUGUCCUCGUUAUGGAGAAAGAAGACAAACAGAAAGUGAUUGGGGGAAGCGAUGUGUGGAUAAGUUUGACAUUAUUGGGAUUAUUGGAGAAGGAACCUAUGGCCAAGUAUAUAAAGCCAAGGACAAAGACACAGGAGAACUAGUAGCUCUGAAGAAGGUUCGGCUAGACAAUGAGAAAGAGGGCUUCCCAAUCACAGCCAUCAGGGAGAUCAAAAUCCUUCGUCAGUUAGUCCAUCGAAGUGUUGUUAACAUGAAGGAGAUUGUCACAGACAAACAAGAUGCACUAGAUUUCAAGAAAGACAAAGGUGCCUUUUACCUUGUAUUUGAAUAUAUGGACCAUGACUUAAUGGGACUGCUAGAAUCAGGUUUGGUGCACUUUUCUGAGGACCACAUCAAGUCAUUCAUGAAACAGCUAAUGGAAGGAUUGGAUUACUGUCACAAAAAGAAUUUCCUCCAUCGGGAUAUUAAAUGUUCUAACAUUUUGCUGAAUAACAGCGGGCAAAUCAAACUAGCAGAUUUUGGACUUGCUCGGCUGUAUAACUCCGAAGAAAGUCGCCCAUACACGAACAAAGUCAUUACUCUCUGGUACCGACCUCCAGAACUGCUGCUGGGAGAGGAAAGGUAUACACCAGCCAUUGAUGUUUGGAGCUGUGGAUGCAUCCUUGGGGAACUGUUCACCAAGAAACCUAUUUUUCAAGCCAAUUUGGAACUGGCUCAGCUAGAACUGAUCAGUCGUCUUUGUGGUAGCCCUUGUCCAGCAGUGUGGCCUGAUGUUAUCAAGUUGCCCUACUUCAACACCAUGAAACCGAAGAAGCAAUAUAGAAGACGGCUAAGAGAAGAAUUCUCUUUCAUUCCUUCAGCAGCACUUGAUUUAUUGGACCACAUGCUGACACUUGAUCCUAGCAAGCGUUGCACAGCUGAACAGACCCUGCAGAGUGACUUCCUUAAAGAUGUGGAACUCAGCAAAAUGGCACCUCCAGACCUACCUCACUGGCAGGAUUGCCAUGAAUUGUGGAGUAAGAAACGUCGACGCCAGCGACAGAGUGGUAUUGUAAUAGAAGAGCCACCUCCAUCCAAAGCUUCUCGAAAAGAAACUACUACCUCAGGGACAACAGCUGAGCCUGUGAAAAACAGUAGCCCAGCACCACCUCAGCCUGCUCCUGCCAAGGCAGAGCCUGGUCCUGGGGAGGCAGUAGGCCUUGGUGACAUCACACAGCAGCUGAAUCAAAGUGAACUGGCAGUGUUAUUAAACCUGCUACAGAGCCAAACUGACCUGAGCAUCCCUCAGAUGGCACAGCUGCUUAAUAUCCACUCCAACCCAGAGAUGCAACAGCAGCUGGAAGCCUUGAAUCAAUCUAUUAGUGCACUGACUGAAGCCAGUUCCCAGCAGCAGGACUCGGACCCCACAGCUCCAGAGGAAUCAUUGAAGGAGGUACCCUCUGUAUCAGUGGUCCUGCCUUCAGCAGAGCAGACAACUCCUGAAGCUUCAAAUACACCAGCUGACAUGCAGAAUAUGUUGGCAGUUCUCUUGAGUCAGCUGAUGAAAACCCAAGAGCCAGCAGGUAACCUGGAAGAAAACACCAGUGACAAGAAUAGCGGGCCACAGGGGCCCCGAAGAACUCCUACAAUGCCACAGGAGGAGGCAGCAGCAUGUCCUCCUCACAUUCUUCCACCAGAGAAGAGGCCCCCUGAGCCCCCUGGACCUCCACCGCCGCCACCUCCACCCCCUCUGGUUGAAGGCGAUCUUUCCAGCGCCCCCCAGGAGUUGAAUCCCGCCGUGACAGCCGCCUUGCUGCAACUUUUAUCCCAGCCUGAAGCAGAGCCUCCUGGCCACCUGCCACAUGAGCACCAGGCCUUGAGACCAAUGGAGUACUCCACCCGAUCCCAUCCAAACAGGACUUACGGAAACACUGAUGGGCCCGAAGCAGGGUUCAGUGCCACUGACACUGAUGAACGCAGUUCUGGUCCGGCCUUGACAGAAUCUUUGGUCCAGACCCUGGUGAAGAACAGGACCUUCUCAGGCUCUGUGAGCCACCUUGGGGAGUCCAACAGUUACCAGGGCACAGGGUGGCAGCAGCAGGGAUGGCCCCUGAAGAACUCGGGGACAUCCAUCAGUUACCUUGCAUCCAAAGCCUGUCAAACAGUCUCAUCCACAAUACUUGAAGCCAGGUUCAGUGGAAGAUUCCAUCUAUCCCAGUACUGCAUGAGACACCUGAAAUAGAGGCCUGCAGCCUACUUCCUUGGCCUUCAGUACCCAGAACCAGCACCUCCAUCUUCCUUCCCUGCUAAUGUGGGAACCAAGACCCAGAGAGGAGGAACCAGUUGAAUCCUGCCCUGAAGUUGCAUUGUGUUCUGGAUUUGGAGAGUUCCUGGGAGCACAGGGCAAGAAAAAGUAGCCUUUGCUGCCCAGCUUGACUCCAUGACUGCCUUUGGAUUGGGAAGCACUCACCAGCCUCAUCUUCCCCUGCAGGUAUACUCAGGUCUGGACUGCUAUGUCUGUGGCAUCAAGACCCUGCUCUAGAGCAGAGGGCAGCCCUAGAGGUGCAAUUGGAGCCUUGGCCCUAAAUGUGUGUAUGCCUAUGCAUUGGGCACACUCGUUUAUUAGUGUUAUUUCAGCAUUGUGAUGCAGAGAGAGUAAGUGUAACAGCUGCUCCUUGCUUGCAGUGUUUAUUGUUACCUAGAGACAACCUCCUGGCUUUUUCCCAGAUUCUCCCCCCAACCCCCCCUCACCCCCCCCCAGCCCAGCCCCCUCCCUGCCAACAAUCCUGUUCUCUCCACGCUGAUGGGAAAUUUAUAGCUUGCCCAUAUCAUGCCAUUAACUCUCUCCUGUCCAUAGGGUAGAUGGGUCAAGGGAAACCGAAGUGGAGAGUGGGCAUGCUUUGACCCAGAGUGGAAUAAUGUAUGAAGAACAGAGGGAGGAAGGAGACACAGCCUUCCAGUCUGUGUCCAGUUUUAGGCCCCAUUCAUUCUAUAGUCCAAGUAGGUCAAAGCCUGCUUAGUUUAUGAGAUCAGUCACAUUUGGGAUGGUAUGGCUGUAACUCAGUUGUUCUGGCUCUUGUAUGAAAAGGAAAGAAGACAGAGUUUUGGAUCUGGCCUUGAGAUCCCAGAAGAGUUCCUCUGGACCUAGCCUUGGAAUCUCCACAUCCUCCUGCCAAAAUUAUUCUCUUCCCUGGCCAUCUCUAUAGUCCUUUAUUACGUUGGCUAAACUUAAAUAACUACAGCAAGGUAGUAUUGGAGUGGAAGGGGAAUAUAGAGUGGCAGAAUCCAUAGCCUCUCCUUGUCUGAGCAAGGUAACUGUGGAUGUCCCAUGGAGAUACGAGGUACUAGCUUGAGAGAUACUGGCCAGAGCACCGCAGUGGAAUUGAUGUCUGACACGAAGCCUGCUGCUGAGCCUGUUGGGAAAACUUUUACCUGUGAAGGCCCCAAGAGAUGUCAGGCAUUCUCCCAGCUGGCCUUGAUUUGGUUGGGGUUCUCUUUGCUGCUUGUCUUUCAUGGUCCAUUUUCUUGAAUUCCUCUUGGUUUGCUCUGAUCAAGUAACUGAGGAAAGAAGUGUCCUAGUCAUAAUCUCAGCAGAGCUGGAGCAGAACCCCUGCCAUCUACUUAGGACUUUCCAUGGAGAGAGUCAUGCACCCAUUCACCAUUCACGUGGAAGCAGAAGAGAAGAAAACGGAUUGGAUUUUAACGGAAACAGUUGAAUUAAACAUGAAAAAACUUACUCAUGGAAUAAAAUGUUUCUCUUCACUCUUCA